CGUUCGUGCCUAUGUAACUCCCCCAAAUUGUGAUUUUUAUCUUAAUUUUUAAUUAGUAGGUAUAAGGUGAGUUGUACGAAAAUGGCGUGGACGAAUUACCAAAAAUUGUUGGCAGUUGUUAUGGUUGUUACUGGGAGUAUUAAUACGAUAAGUACAAAAUGGGCGGACGAUAUAAAAUCGGUAGGCAGAGAUGGGGUUUUAAAGAAAUUCGAUCACCCUUUUUUCCAAGCUAGUACAAUGUUUUUAGGCGAAUUAGCAUGUCUUUUAACCUUUAAAAUCUUAUAUCGGUACUACAGUAGAAGAUCGGACGGAACUGAAGAUGUCAAUGAAUUGACCAAAGGGAACCGAAACUUCAACCCUUUUAUUCUUUUCAUACCUGCCAUGUGUGAUAUGACAGCAACCUCGAUUAUGUACAUAGGGCUUAAUUUAACCUACGCCUCAAGUUUCCAAAUGUUCAGAGGGUCUGUAAUAGUUUUUGUGGGACUUCUCAGUACGGGUUUCUUGGACAGAAUUUUGAAUAGGAGACAGUGGAGUGGAAUCUUUUUGGUUAUAAUAGGGCUUGCCAUUGUUGGAAUUGCCGAUUUUAUAUAUAAAGGGACUGAUAAUAAGUCUAGGAAUGAUAUAAUUACAGGUGAUAUGUUGAUUGUGAUAGCCCAAAUUAUUCAAUCUAUCCAAAUGGUGGUUGAAGAAAAAUUCGUAGCAGGCCAGGACAUUCCUCCUCUACAAGCAGUUGGUUGGGAAGGACUUUUUGGCUUUUGUGUGUUAGUUUUCCUCCAAAUUCCAUUCUAUUUCAUCAGAGCUGGUCCUCCAGUUACCACAAACAUUGGGGAUCGCUUGGAAGAUCCCAUAGAUGCCCUAGUUCAAAUCGGGCAUAGCUGGAAAUUAACAUUAGCUGUUUUAGGUACGAUAUUUUCCAUUGCUUUCUUCAAUUUUGCUGGUAUCAGUGUCACAAAGGAGCUGUCAGCUACCACUAGAAUGGUAUUGGACAGUGUAAGGACUAUCAUAAUUUGGGUAUUCAGUUUGGCUUUCUUCGGACAGCACUUUCACUGGUUACAGUUACUCGGAUUUGUGCUUCUUCUCGCCGGUCUGUCACUAUACAACGGUAUUACUGGCAGAUCAUUAAUAAUACAAAUAAAAACCUUCAUCAAUAGCAGAAGAUACAAUAGGGUUGAAGAAGAUGGUAUAGUAAAUAGAAAUGCAGAUGAUACCGAAUCUUAAAUUAUAUGAAAUUAAAUCUGGCUGUAUUAACCCAGCAUUAUUUGUAUGUUACUUUUUUAAUCGAAUGACGAUUUUUUAUUAUUUUUAACUUGGAAUUUUACUGUAAAUACCUAUAAUUAAUAAGUGUAAUUAAUGUGACAGCCUGUAUAAUAAAAGUGGACUGACAAUUAAUUGAAUGAAAUGAUAAAAAAAUGUGAUUUUUUUUAUAUACCAUUGUUAAAAUUAUAAUAUGUAUGUAAAUUAAUUUUAAAAAUAA